AUGGACGAUGAGUAUCCGUUGGUGAUGAACACCUGCGAUCCGGAGGAUGUGAUGCACGAGAAUGGCGAAACGGCCAUGCUUCAGAUGUUGAAGGAACACUUUGAGACGAUCAUGAGGAGGUUUGAUGCUCAAGAUGAACUCCUCAAGACCCUGGCAGAUGCACCCAGAGGCAUUGCUCGGGCGGAGAGGAAGCCCUUUUGGGAGACCUACAUGCCCUCCUUCCGUUCGACCAGAGAUGAUGUGUCCAGCUCAAGGGAAGAUGUCACCCGCCGGUUGGAGCUCCCAGAGAUCGAGCUCAUCGAGCCGCCCGAGCCCUGCGAGCCGGUCUUGUCCAAGGCGCCCGCACGCAAGGGCUCUCAGGACACCUCAGGCGCCGCAAAGCGAGCGCAAAGCGAGGGCUUUUGGGCCGGCUUUUGGGAGUUGGUGUUUGGGUUCUUUCUUUUUGGGGGGGAUGGAGGACCAGAGACAAAAGGGGAAGAGUGGGAAAGGUGGGUACUGAAGGAAGAUGCGGAUUAUCAGAGAAUACGAUUCCGACGAAAUACGGUGAAUUUCCCUGAACAAUCAGGUUUGGGGAAUAUUGCGUAG